GCGAAUCUCGGAAACGAGAUAAACUGCCCAGCUAUCGGUAUUCACAGCUUCAUCAUAUCAGCCAUAUCAUCUUUGCUGGGUAGAUAGUCAAGUCAUGGGUAUAUAUUGGCAGGCCUCAACGCGUUUCUGUCGAUCUGGUCCGCCUGCAUCCAUCAGACCUUUACCAAUCCGCUUUUCUUUCAGUUUCAGCCCACUCCGCCAGCCCAACAAUGACCGAAUCUAUCAGUAUCCCUGGUACUGUCCACCUUGUGGAUCUGGACCAUGACAUGCAUGCUCGCCAUGCCAGUUCAUCUGCCGACAUUGUCCUGAACCCGACUCCAUCCAAAGACCCCAAUGAUCCGUUGAACUGGACUCCCCGCCGCAAGUUACUCUCACUGAUUUGUCAGAACCUAUACACCUGGUUCGCAGGCUUCGCAGUGUCUACCGUCUAUUCAGUCCUCGUACCCCUCUCCGCCCAAUCUGGCGUUUCCAUCGCAACUCUCAAUGAAGGAACGGGCUACAUGUUCCUUUUUCUUGGCUGGAGUCUUCUUUUCUGGCAGCCUUUCUCUUUGCGCUAUGGCAAACGCUUGACGUAUCUGAUCUCUGUCCUUGGUGCAAUAGGCACCAGUAUUUGGAGUGCAUAUGUAAAAAGCAAUGGCGAGUGGCUGGCAAAGUGCAUUAUCCAGGGCUUCUUCAUUUCUCCCAUUGAAGCACUUCCUGAGAUCUCAGUGACCGAUAUCUACUUCACCCACGAGCGCGGUACAUACAUGGGAAUUUAUUCGUUUGCCCUCGCUGGCAGCAAUUACUUUGCCCCAGUUGUCUGCGGCUUCAUCGCCGAUCACCAGGGCUGGCAGUGGGUAUUUUACUGGCCAGCCAUCUUCUUGGCGGCUGUAUUUGUCUUCCUCUUCCUGUUUAUGGAAGAGACAAAUUAUAUCCGGGAACCCGUUUCUGAGCUCACUCCUGAGGCUUCUUUCUCCCAGGGUGAGAUCAAAAAUGAAAAGAGUGAUUCCGUAGCUGCAGACACGCCAGCUGCGGAGAAUGGUGAGGUUUACAAUACCCCGAAGACCUUUAUCCAGAAGAUGUCGCUUUGGCAGCCUUCACCGGGACAAGGCAUGCUCACACGAUCAUGGCGAUCAUUGAAGUAUCUGACCUGGCCUGUUAUCUUCUAUGCCGGUUUCUCCUACGGUUCAUAUCUCAUCUGGUUCAAUGUCCUCAACGCCACUGCCUCAUUAAUUCUUUCAGGAGAGCCCUACAAUUUUAGUCCAUCCAUGGUGGGCCUGAGCUAUCUUGCUUGUUGCGUUGGUGUCGUCAUUGGAGCCGUGGUCUCUGGCAGGCUCAGUGAUAUUCUGACCAUCAAGCUUGCCCGCCGCAACGGUGGCAUCAUGGAAGCCGAAAGCCGCCUUUGGCCCUUUGUUCUCUGUGUCGUCAUGGUACCUUCUGCACUGAUUCUCUGGGGCGUCGGAGCCCAACAUGGAGUCCAUUGGUUUGGACUUGUGUUUGCUAUGGGAUGUCUCGCCUUCACCAGCGCUGUAGGCGUCACUCUCAGCGUCAACUAUCUCAUCGAUAGUUAUCAUGGCAUCAGUGGCGAUGCGAUCGUUACUGUUAUUCUCAUUCGCAACACCAUGUCUUUUGCAAUUAGCUACGGCAUCACCCCUUGGAUAACUCAUCUUGGGUACCAAAACUGCUUUAUUUCAGCAGCCUUUGUCGGAAUGGCAGCCUCCUCUGCGUUUAUCAUCAUGAUGGUUUAUGGCAAGAUGUUCAGAACUCGUAGUGCUGAGAAAUAUUAUCAGCUGGCUGAGGAUGGUCAAGCAAGCCACUGAUUAUUAGAUGGUAAUAGUACUUGCCGAACGGAGUGUAAUGGAGUAUGAGAAUUGCCGGAAGCUUGCAAAUAUUGGCAUUUGAGA